AUGUCCACCGCCAGCUUCAACUACUACACCAGCUUCAGCUUCAAGCUCGCUCAAGCAGUAGGGAUUCUAGGUUCUGCUGGGGCGUCGAUACUAAUUAUUACUAUCAAGAACAGCAGGAGCAAGAAAAUCAACAGCAAGAAAAUCAACAGCAAGAACAACAACAAGACAAAUCCGAAUCUUCUACAACUACAACAACGAGUAAUAUACCACACCUCCUCCACCAAUGGCUCUACAUCUACAACAAAGGAGGCAAAACCUUCCCGUACCUCGUCGCAGGAUCGGCUCUCGCAUACGCUACAUUAUAGUAUACUUCCAGUAUACUCCAACUUACCAUGA